AUGUGGUGGUUUUUUUUAUUAAACUAUGUUACUAUUGGAUGUUCAUUACGUCUUGCCGCAUAUAUUUCUUCUGGCGGGCUUCAUGGAGAAAUUCGAUUUGAAAAAGCCACAGAGACAUCCGUAAGAGUUCGAUUUUCACUUCAAACUACUCUCCAAUAUCCAGAUCAACAAUGGCUUUGGUCUGUUACUCAAUUCCCUGUUGAUUACACAAUUAUAAAUAAUAGAUGCACUAGACAAUAUAUCGGAAAUAGUAUUAUUGACUUAACGAACCUCGUUGGACCAUUGGAUAUGCCUGGAAAUGAAACAGGUUCAGUGGAAAUUUCAAAUAUAAGUUUAACUGGAGAAAUGGGUUUAUGGGGCAAAGGAUUAAUUCUUCAAGACACAUACUCAGCUAGAAUUAUUUGUGCUUCAAUAACGGUAUUAGAAAAGAAUGUAGAAAAAUUUGCGGAGGCACGUUUUCACGAAAAUAUAGCGGGAAAUAUUUGGUUUCGAUGGUUAGGUGGUCAUGCUGGUGACGAUACUAGCGAUACAAUAAUUUAUGUAGAUUUAUAUCAUGUUAAUAAUAAGAAAUUACGAGGUACAAACUACACAGAACAUUAUUGGAAGAUUUAUGUAACAGACAUCUUUGAUAUCAGUAAAGACAAGUCAAGUUGCAAUAUUUUGCAAACUGUCUUUGAUCCUGAUAAUGCAGGUAAUGGUAGAGCAAUUGGUGAUAUUGAUAUGCGUUUAGGCAAAAUAAAGGUAGCUGUAAAUCAUGAUAAUAGAUAUAAAACUUCAUACAAAGAUUCAAAAUUAUCUCUGCUACCUGCUGAUUUACUUACACCUCACCGUCAGUUAUAUUUAGUCAUCUUUCAUCCAAGACAUGACGAUUCCUUUUUACUUUGCAGUAAAAUUAAUCACAGAAAACCUAUCUUUACCAAAACUUUAAUUAAUUCCAAUGGUAUCAAAGGAGAAAUAUCGCUAACUCAAGUAACUCCAUUUGAUCCAACAUGGGUUAACAUAUCAUUAACACCAAUUAAUGACCUUGAAACAAGAUUGCGUUAUGCUACUAAAAUAAAGUCAUAUAGUAUUCAUGAACUACCCCCAGAUCCAACAACUAUUUCAAAUAAAACUGCAGAAGUGUGUAAAACAACUAAAAAAAUGUAUAAUCCAAGUAAUAUUGAUGUAAUGACUACACCACCAGCAGGAUUUGGAACUCAAGAUCAAUAUGCUAUUGGUGAUCUUUCUGGGAAACUACAAGGUCGCAAAGAAGGGUCAUACCAUUAUGAUAUUUUACCAGGAAGUGCAAAACUUAAUGGAAUUUAUUGGGAUACAUACCUUCCGCUUUCAGGAAUACACAGUGUUAUUCAUCGAAGCCUCAUUCUUCACAAGUACAAUGAAACUGACAAUAAGAGUAUCAUACCAUGGAUUUGUGGUACUUUGAAUCUCUAUUUACCAGAUAAUACUGGACAAAUACCAAUGCUAACUGCAGAAAUAAUAUAUAGAUAUCCUAUUGUUGGAAGAAUAAUUUUUCGUCAAGCCAAAAAUGAUCCUCAAAUGGAUACUACUAUUAUAAUUGAAAAUUUAAUUCAUGCGGAUGGUAAUGCUUUAAAUAAUUCAGAAAAUCAUAGAUGGAUGAUUCAUGAAAAUCCACCAGGUAAAGAUUAUUAUAACUGGACAGGCAGAUGUUUAAGUACUGGUGAACCUUAUAAUCCUUACAAAGUAGAAUGGAAUUCUAAUCCUACAGAAUAUUGUUCCAUAUUAGAAGUAUCACUAUGCCGUGUAGGUGACUUAACAAGACAUGGUACAAUUGAUAUUGCUGGUAAAAAACAGUAUGGAACUCUAGUAACACGAAAACUCUUCACAGAUACAAUGUUAGCUCUAUCAGGUCCCAAUAGUAUAUUGGGUAAAAGUUUAGUGAUAUAUGAUGAUAAUGGACCUCGUGCAAGAGGAGAAAGAUUAGCAUGUUCAAUAAUUGGUGAAACAUACCGUCGUAAAGCUGUAGCAAAGGAUUGGUUUGGAAAUGGAGAACUUAUUUUACUAAGAGGAAAAUUAGAAUUUAUGCAACAAAAUGAAUACGAUGUUACAAAUGUAGAACUAAAUCUUGAUAAUCUAGAUGGAAAAAUGAGUGGAUAUCACAUACACAUGACUCCAGUAGAACAAGACUUAGAAUUUCCAUGUGAAAGUACAUCUUUGUAUGAACAUUGGAAUCCAUAUAAUGUCAAUGUAAGUAAUACACCAUUUCCAGGAGAGGGAACAACUGACCAGUAUGAAAUGGGUGACCUUAGUGGAAAGUUUGGUACUUUAGAAAAUAGAAAAAGAUAUAUGAGAACAUUCAAUGAUACAAUACUUCCUCUAUUUGGAGCAACAAGCAUACUAGGUCGAAGUAUUGUAAUUCAUAAGAAAGAAAAAAAUUUGAGAUGGGCUUGUUCAACUAUAGAAAGGGGAUAUUCACCAUCUGAAGCUACAGAAUUGAGAGCAAUUGCUUCUUUUCAUCAUCCACAAGGUUUUGCAUAUGGCUACAUAAGAAUGACGCAACUUAUUCACCAAGAUGGUAGUCAGAGUGAAACAAUAAUUGAAGUAAAAUUACGACAUCCAGGAAAACAUGAUCGUAAUAUUACGAAAAACCACAAUUGGGCAAUAUAUGUAAAUCCAGUUGGCGUAGAUGCAGCUGUGAAAGUAAAGGAUACUAGAUGUGUAGCUGGUGGAUAUAUGUGGAAUCCAUAUUUUACACAAUUAGCUGAUCCUUUAAAUGAUGAUCUAUACAAACAAGAAUGUGGUCCUGAUUUACCCCUUAGAUGUUAUGUAGGAGAUAUAUCAGGUCGAUUAGGCCCCAUUGAUAUAGGAUUAAAAAGACAAGUUUUUACAGAUUCAAAUUUUCCAUUAGCAGGACCAGUGUCUGCAAUGGGGAGAUCUAUUAUAAUUUUUGACAAAGAUUUUGGAAAUAAUAGAUAUGCAUGUGCCAAUAUUGAAGCUGAUAAUGAUAUUGUAAAAUAUACAAAUAUAAGAAAACCACCUCGUUUUGUACUGGCACAAUUUUUAGAAGAUGUAAGAAAGAUUAUGGGUAUUCCAGAAUGGAUGUUAUCUAUAGAUACAAGAAAAACUAAAAUUUUGCAUAAUGGAGCAUGCAUUCAAUUUUUAUUACACUUUAAAGGUCCAAUUGCUAACAACUUGGAACAAGAUUUCAAUAAACUUAUAUCAAUUGGACGAUUAGAUACACCUAGUUUAUAUAUUCCAGGAUAUGUUCCUACAAAACGAAAAGCAACUUUAGGUUAUCGACAAUGUGGAAAUCAAGAUCCAAAUGAUAAAAGUUUUAAUUUCUUACUUCGAAAUAUAUCUCCAUUAUUAUAUCCAAAAUUUAUUUUUUUGUAA